AUGCAUUUCACUGCACUUACGAUCAAGGCUGCGGUUGCUCUCGCUGCACCGGCAACGGCCAUCUCCACGGAGAAGCGCCAAGGCCAAAGUUGGGACAAGGCAGCUCUUGCCGAGACUGAGAGGCUUUGCUUCCACAGCUCGCUUGACGAGUUUGCCACGGCGAAAAACUCGUCAGAUCGCAAUCCCAACUUCGACUGGUCCACCGACGGUUGUACGGCUGCUCCGAAUAAUCCAACAGGCCAAGCUGACUUCUUUCCCUCGUGUGAGCGUCACGAUUUCUGCUACCAUACCUUUAAGAGACAAGGUCGUUUUUAUUCAAAGAUUAAGCAAAGGAUCGACGACAUAUUUGAGAAAGAGUUAGUUGAAUAG